GUGAACAGGAUGUAAGUCUUUACAAGAGCAAACACUGAACUUCAGCACCGACCACAGGACUACACAAGAAAGGUGGAGACAGAGGUGAACACAGUAAAGGUCUGGUAUUUGAAGCCAAGGCAACUGCAGUAGGAACUCAGCCUUGGUACAAGUGUGCCUUCUCUAACAGAUGUCUGCUGAUCUCUACUGUGCGAGUGACUCAGGUGGAAAUAAUGCAAAUCUUCAAGGCACCACACUGGGGGGCAGCAAACCUUUACACCGCUUCAUUAAGGGACAACCCAAGAUUAUUGGCAUCAUUGCACUGGUCUUGGGCUCAUCUUUUUUCAUCCUUUCCAUCGCAAUCACGCAAGAAGCAAGAGUUCAAUUCAUAUCGACAGCUGUCCCGCCUGGCUUCAUGCUUGGAACCCUGUUCAUCAUAUGUGGGAUUCUAUAUAUUCUGACAGAGUACAACCCGACCAAGAAAACAGUAACCAUGUCAUUGGCUCUGAGUAUUGUGACCAUACUGGGGGCAUGUUGGACUUUAAUGCACAUCUUGACCCCCAUAGCUCACCACCAUUCCUACGACCACUUUGAAUUGGAAGACAAUUUCACUUAUAGUCUGAAUCGGCAUUAUGAGGCCAUGGUAAUAUCUGUGGAACUGAUCUUCCUGGUCCACAGUGUUGUCGGGGCAAUUUUUUUUAUUGUAAUGUCAUGUCUGGCUGUGGCUGCCCUGCGUUCCACAAAGAGCCAGGCCAUUAUAAUGAUGACUACUAUGCCGGCUGAAACACCAGUGGAAUAACAGGCACAAAGGAAGGUCUGAAGUGCCAUAAAUUGAGCAUAGAAAAGAAACAUGAAGCAAACAAAUACAGACUAGUAUUUCUCUUUGUGGGAAUAACAGGAUAUGUGAUUCCAUUUGUAAGUUGUUGCUUGAAAUGCAAUACAGAUAAUAUGUAAGUAUAAAUAUUGCCUUGUGGUGUUUCUGUGCUCUCUUACUACAUCCGCCAUCAUGUGUGCACACUUUCCCCACUGCGUAGGCAAUUUACAGCAACUUACUCGGCAGUGUUGCAAUGGCUGACCUGUCAGCACAUUAUUUUUUGCACUACUACACCACAGGACAAAAGUCCAGGUGAAACCUAUGUCUCUAUGAGAUAGUUGAAGAAAACUGGGCUGUUUUAAUUUCUCAAAAACACUCAAAUUUGGCCUAAACAUGGCCUAAACAUGGCCUAAAUUGUGAUAAGCUUGCGGGUGCUCUUGUUACAGUAAGGUACCACGUUUUGAAAAGGCACCCUGAAGAAAGCAAAUUGCAAAUCAGUCUGAUCGGGAGACUGUUUGACCUCUUACCUUUUGGAAAAGUGUUGCAGACAAUCUGGACCAGAAUUCACCAUAACUGCUAAUUAUUGUUAUAAUAAUCCAUUAUUAACAAAUACUUAUUAUCACUUAUAAACCAAUAAAAGUUACAAACUUGUGCUUAUAUGAGUGAGAACAAUUAUAUUAUAUUUUAAUUGUAUAGUUAAUUUGUUUUAUAACCGCAGACACGAUUACGUUUUAGAAAAUGUGUAUUUAUUGACGAUUGGCAUCAAUGGAACUGCAUUAUUACCAAUGGAAACACGCAGCCAUGAUACUUUUAAAACAUUUUAUGAUAAGAGAGAGUAUAUUUUUAUUUUAACAACAGAGUGAGAACAUCUUAAAAUCAAAAUGUAAUGUCAACAACUCAAACCAUUAACUUGUCACCUCUUGUAAACUGUUCUCUACGUUUUCAAUAAAAGUG